UCCAAGUCCGAGUAUCGGAUUCUCGAGUCCCGACCCGUUUCAUAGAGAUUGACAAAUUAAGGGGACCUUCAAAAUCAAAAUACCAAAAGUGUUUGUCGUCUGUCGGGACUCCACUCCGAGGACCCUGCGACGAUCAGCUCUCAAUUCGGGGCUGGGAUCGUCUAUAAGGGGAAUGGUUUGGAAAAGCAGCUCCUUGAUCCAUGCUGUAGUUUUUUAAUUCGUUUCUAAUUGAAGUGAACUGAAUCAAAAGUUAAACUAUGAUGGGGUGCCUUAAUCAGCAGAGUGAAGUCAAUACUCCAAUUUCAGAGCCCAAGGGUUAUACUCUAAAGCCUUCCAGAGGUGCCUUAGAAUGUAUGGUAAAUUCAGAAAUUGGUGCUGUAUUAGCCGUCAUGAGGAGAAAUGUGAGGUGGGGAUUUCGUUAUGCUGCUGAAGAUGAUCAACUAGAGUAUUCUCUCAUCCAAUCUUUCACGGAAUUAAGGAAAAAGAUAUUCUUAUGGAGACAUGAGUGGAACAGUGUUGAUCCACUUCUAUACCUUCAGCCCUUCUUGGAUGUGAUACAAUCUGAUGAGACUGGUGCACCAAUAACUGGUGUUGCAUUGUCAUCUGUUUACAAGUUCUUGACUCUUGGAAUAAUUGAAUCAGCUAACAUGAAUGUGGACAAAGCUUUGCAUCAGAUAGUUGACGCUGUGACAAGCUGCCGCUUUGAAGUGACUGAUCCUGCCUCUGAGGAAGUGGUGUUGAUGAAGAUACUUCAAGUUCUUUUGGCUUGUAUGAAAAGUAAGGCAUCAGCGACUUUGACCAACCAUCACGUAUGCAACAUAGUAAACACUUGCUUCCGAUUGGUUCAUCAAGCAAGUGCUAAAAGCGAACUGUUGCAGAGAAUAGCACGCCACACGAUGCAUGAAUUGGUUAGAUGUAUCUUCUUUCACCUGCCUGACAUUGAAAGCAAAGUGUGCGCUGGCCCAGAGGCUGGCAAGAAACAAGAAGACAAUGGAUGUGUUAGUGUAGAAUCCAUGGGCAAGUCACCAUCUGCUGCUGUUACUUCAAAUGUAUCCUCAGUCACUUUGGUGAGCGUAGGGGAUGAAACAACAGAUGAGAAAACUGGAAAUGGGGAUAUUGCUUGUAAUGGAGAAAACUCAAUGAUGGAUCCUUAUGGGGUCCCCUGCAUGGUGGAGAUAUUUCAUUUCCUAUGUUCUCUUCUGAAUGUGAUGGAAUCCAUUGAAAUUGGUUCAAGAUCCAACCCUAUAGCGUAUGAAGAAGAUGUCCCAUUAUUUGCGUUGGGUUUAAUUAAUUCAGCCAUAGAACUAGGUGGUGCUUCUUUUGGGAAUCAUCCCAAGUUAUUGGCUCUGAUACGGGAGGAGUUGUUCCGCAAUCUGAUGCGUUUUGGCUUGUCAAUGAGUCCUUUAAUUCUUUCGACAGUUUGUAGCAUUGUUCUGAAUUUGUAUCACCAUAUGCGUUGUAAGUUAAAGCUACAGCUCGAAGCCUUUUUCUCUGGUGUUUUGCUGAGGAUUGCCCAGAGCAAGCAUGGAGCAUCUUAUCAACUUCAGGAGGUUGCCAUGGAAACACUUGUUGACUUCUGCAGACAGCAUAUGUUCAUGACAGAAAUGUAUGCAAAUUAUGAUUGUGACAUAUCCUGCAGCAAUAUUUUUGAAGAACUUUCCAACCUGUUAUCAAAAAGCACCUUUCCAGUUAACAGCCCACUUUCAGCUUUAAAUACUCUUGCCCUGGAUGGUCUAAUAGCCAUGAUUCAGGGUAUGGCCGAGAGAAUAGGCCAAGAUUCAUUAGCUUCAGAACAAGGUUCAUUUAAUUUCGAUGAAUAUAGACCAUUUUGGACAGAAAUAUGCAAGGACUACCAUGAUCCUAAUCAUUGGGUUCCUUUUGUCCAUAAAAUGAAGCAAAUAAAGAAAAAGUUGUUGGUUGGAGUUGAUCACUUUAACCGUGAUCCAAAGAAGGGUAUGGAAUUUCUCCAAGCAGUGCAUCUGUUACCUGAUAAAGUUGACCCAAAAAGUGUAGCAUGUUUCUUUAGAUUUACAAAUGGCUUGGAUAAGAAUCUUGUUGGGGAUUUCUUGGGAAGUCAUGAAGAAUUCUAUAUUCAAGUGCUUCAUGAAUUUGCAAGGACAUUCGAUUUUCGGGAUAUGAACCUAGAUACUGCCUUGAGAAUCUUUUUGGAGACGUUCAGAUUGCCUGGAGAAUCACAGAAAAUACAGAGGGUGCUUGAAGCGUUCUCUGAACGAUAUUAUGAGCAGACACCAGAUGUUCUGGUUAACAAAGAUGCAGCACUCGUGUUAUCGUAUUCACUUAUCAUGCUGAACACGGAUCAACACAAUACACAGGUCAAGAAGAAGAUGACGGAGGCAGAUUUCAUUCGCAACAACCGGAGAAUAAACGGAGGAAAUGACCUCCCUCGAGAAUUUUUGUCUGAGCUCUACCACUCCAUCUGUGAGAAUGAGAUCCGGAUUUCCCCAGAUGGAGGUGCUGGUACCCCAUUGAUGGCACCAAGCCAUUGGAUUGGUCUAGUUCACAAAUCAAGGCAAACUUCCCCGUUUAUUGUCUGUGAUCAGGGACCUUAUCUUGAUUAUGAUAUGUUUUCUAUGUUGUCUGGUCCGACAAUUGCUUCCAUCUCAGUGGUUCUUGAUCAUGUGGAGCAGGAAGAUGUCUGGCAGACAUGCAUCGAUGGAUUUCUUGCCAUUGCCAAAAUUUCAGCCUCCUAUAGCUUUGAUAAUGUGUUGGAUGAUUUAGUAGUAUCUCUUUGCAAGUUCACAACUCUUUUGCUUCCAUCAUAUACUGAUGAUUUUAUUGUCACAUUUGCCCAAGAUAAUAAAGCUAGACUGGCAACUUUAGCUGUCUUCACAAUAGCAAACAAGUAUGGGGACCAUAUUCGCUCUGGUUGGAAAAACAUCCUGGACUGCAUUUUGAGCUUGCAUACAUUUGGCCUUCUUCCUACUCGUCUUUUUAGUGAUGCUGCUGAUGACGUGGAGUCUACUUCUGAUGCAGACCAAAGCAAACCUGCUGCAGCUUCCCCAUCAGCACCUCAUGUGCCUUCAUUGGCCCCAUCAAGGAAAUCAUCUGGCUUAAUGGGGCGAUUUAGCCAACUGUUAUAUCUUGAUGCAGAAGAACCUGUGCCUCAGCCAAAUGAAAAACAGCUUGCCGCCCGCCAGCAGACUCUUCAGACUAUUCAGAAUUGUCACAUUGAUAGCAUCUUUGCCGAGAGUAAGUUUUUGCAAGCAGAGUCACUUUCACAGCUUGUUCGGGCCCUUGUGAUGGCUGCAGGACGGCCUCAUAAGGGAAACUUCUCUCUAGAAGAAGAAGAGACUGCAGUAUUCUGUCUGGAGUUGCUGAUUGCAAUCACAAUAAAUAAUCGGGAUAGGAUAAUGCUUCUUUGGCAGGUUGUUUAUGAGCACAUAGCAGGUGUUGUCCAAUCAACAACAAUGCCUUGUACUUUGGUAGAGAAGGCUGUUUUUGGGCUGCUUCGCAUAUGCCAAAGGUUGCUUCCUUACAAGGAAAAUCUUACAGAUGAGCUCCUCAAGUCACUGCAACUCAUCUUAAAGCUCGACGCAAGGGUCGCCGAUGCUUUUCUUGAACAGAUAACCCAGGAGGUGAUGCACCUUGUCAAAGCAAACGCUAUGCAGAUACGAUCACAUAUGGGCUGGCGGACAAUUAUAUCUCUGCUUUCUAUUACAGCUCGGCAUCCAGAAGCUUCUGAAGCAGGAUUUGAAACAUUAUCAUUCAUCAUGGCUGAUGGGGCUCACCUACUGCCUGCUAAUUACAUCCUUUGUUUAAAUGCAGCCAGUCACUUUGCUGACUCCCGCAUUGGAAAUGUUGAUCAAGCUGUGAGAUCCUUGGACCUGAUGGCUGGGUCACUUGUUUGUCUUGUUAGAUGGUCUCACAAGACAAAGGAAGCUCUGGGGGAGGAGGCUGCUAUAAAAAUGUAUCAGGAUAUAACUGAGAUGUGGCUGAGGCUGGUACAGGGACUCAGAAAAUUUUGUUUGGAUUGGAGAGAAGAGGUGCGGGGUCAUGCCAUCUUGAUGUUGCAGAGGUGUUUGACAGGGGUUGAGGGGAUACACAUUUCAACCGAUCUGUGGUUGCAAUGUUUUGAUCAGUUGGUCUUUACAUUGCUGGAUGAAUUGCUGGAACUUGCACCACAAGGUUCCAUAAAGGAUUACAGGAGCAUAGAAGGAGCAAUUUUUCUGUCUCUGAAGCUCAUGUUCAAAGUGUUUCUACAGUGUCUGCAGCAGCUCUCACAGUUGCCAUCCUUCUGCAAACUAUGGUUAGGGUUAUUGGAUCAUACAGAAAGAUGCAUGAAGAUGAAAUUCAAAGGUAAACGGAGUGAGAAGAUCCCAGAACUCGUCCCUGAACUCCUAAAGAACACUCUACUUGUCAUGAAAGCUAGUGGACUUCUGGUGCCAAGUGAUCCUGUAGGAGGGGACAGUUUCUGGCAGCUAACGUGGUUGCAUGUGCACAAAAUAUGCCCAUCCCUUCAAUCGGAGGUUUUCCCUUCUAGUGAAUUGGGGCUGUUGCAAAAGCAGCACAUCCAAGCCGGAUGUAGCCCUCUCUCAGAGGGAAGUGUUCUAGUCUCACCUAGUUGAAGCACAUCUUGAAGAUUCAUGUUGUUGACCAUACUUUCAUUUGGUGAAACUGACAUUCUUUAUCAGCACCAUCAUUAGCAUGGUGAGAAGAUAAAUUGUGCAGCUGAGAACGUGCUGGGCAUUAGGCGAAACACGUUCAUUGAAGCACAAGCUGCAACCUGCUGGAGCAAAGCUGGUUUCUGGUUUACAAGUAGUGAUAUCUCCAUUCUGAAUGUUAUAUGGUGCUUUACUGUUAAAAGAGCCUUUUCGCCUUGUUGGCUUUCGAGGGAAGAUUAGGGAGGGGGGUCAACUCGUGCAAUUUUGCACUUCUGUAGCGGUCACUUCACUUUAAGUUUGAUAACUUAGUUGUUACCAUUUCGGCUGUACAAUAUUGGCUAUACUACAAAAUAGUGAUUGAUAUUUGGUAGUAUGAAAUGUUACGGUCAGAUUGAACCGUAGGGUUUCUUCAAAAUUAUUUGUUUCAAUUAUAAGAUAUCGAAUGCUGAUAUUGGUUAGUA